CAUACUUAAAUGGAUCAAUAAGCGAGUGGAUCAAUAUUCAAUUCAAUUCAUUUUUUUUUUAUUAAAGGGCAAGAGGAAGGAAUUUAAAAUCAGACAUGUUUUGUUUACAACCUAAUCAAACAUCGCCAUUAAAAAUUAUCUUAGAACAUAAACAAAAUUAAUACCAAACGUCGAUUGCCGCAUUGUAUUGUCCAUAAUUAAUUGAAACAUCUUUAAAGUCAGAACGCACACAAAAUAUCAUGACAGUAAAUAUUGUACGCAGAUAUGAAGAGCUAGCUGAUUUCUACAGAAAAUCACACAGAAAAUCACACAGAAAUCAAUUGAAAUCACCUUAAACAUAUAAACAAUUCACGGUGUUAUUUACAAAGUACCGAAAAUACAUGCUGCUAUCCUGUCGAGCAAAAAUACUAAAAACUGAGAUUGUCCGGAAUUUAUCGAUUUGAACUCCUUUUUAUCAAAUUAAGUUUCUCUGGUCGUUGUAAUGCUGCUUGCCGCUUGAUAGUUAGCCAAUCAAAGGCGUUUCUUUCUACCCAUCCCUGUUCUUUCGUCAGAUCUAUUUUUAGAAACCACGCGGCAAGCAGCAUCCGUGUUAUUAUACCGAGCAGUCAUCUUGACCGUUUAACAGCACAAAAAAGCUCAUAAACCGCAUCUCAACUGAAGGAAACGUUUAGUGUAAGGAUUGAGAUGUUUCCUUGUGGAACCAAACAUUUCGUAUAUGAUCCAAACGUGAAAUAUUGCAAAAGGAAUGGAUACACUGCUUAUUGUGAUCCAUCCAUGUGCUUAAUGGAGAAGAAUACAUGGGAACGACAGGCCUGUGGUCUCUAUUGUGGAGACAUCAAAAAAUGGACGCUUCAGCUAAAUGACACCGAAGUUGACUUCACUGGAGAAGUUAAAGCAGACGAAACUUUUCCUGUAUGGGAGACUGUAUCAGGUGUCUCCAUAUGCCUUGUGGUAAUCCUGUCUGUGGUGAUUGUAUACAUGUGGUUCAAGAACUGUAACAAGAAUCCUAGUCCUGCCAUCGUUAAUGCCAGUGCCCCUCCAGUGACAAAUGAUAAGGAUCAAGACGAAACACAUGUGCUACUCGUAGAUGGUGAAAGUUCUACGUCGGAGGCUGACAGUGCUGUAGGGUCUGAUGUAUCUCGAACAACAGUGAAUGGACCGUCUUCAUUCCAUUCAUCACCACAAAACAACCAUGUUGACCCUCACACUCAAAGAAAUGAUAAAGCCGGAUUGGCAGUUACAGGAAUAGCUCAAAACUUCGGGGCACCUUGCGGGGUCGAGACAACAGAUGAGGUUUCAUGAUAAACGCUAUAUUUUAGUUUGACGAAUUACGUUUUGAGUUAAAGUCGACAUUUCCAGGAUGAACUUGUUAAUUUACUUAAAUUCAAUCACAUCUCCAUACUGAUUAAAAGUAUGUGUGAGAAUUAUACUCUGUAUACUUGAGUAAUCAUUUCAUGCAUGGUAUGUGUCUGCUUUUGAAAGUCAAUCAAUAAGAUUGUAAUUAUAUAUCUAAGUACAUUUGUAUCUGCUGUUCAAUCAUUUCUAAUUUGAUAACUGACUUAGAGCCUCCAAGAAAGUAAACUUAUAAAACUUUUGUAGCGUUUAGCAAAGUUUGACGUUUUAAUAUUUUUGACCAAAAAAAGGUUUAUAUUACUUUCAAAUUUUCAAUUUCAUCUCGCUGCACACAUUCUGCUUCCACUAUAACUUUUUUAUCUUUUGAUUUGUCAUUCUGUAAUUGAUUGUAUUAUCCCCUUUUUUAUUUUUAUUUUGUGUUUUUUGUCAAUGCUAAGAAUAAAUGUCUUAGUAAACUUCAAAUAUACUACCAAGCUUUGAUACCUAAGAAGUAUAUACUGGAAUUACCUGUAUAUGUAUAUUUAUUACACAAAUACAACGAUUAUGCUCUGAAUAAUUCAUACAUUCAGACCCAUCAGAAGUGAACUGUUACCAAGUACAUUAGUCCGAAUUAUUCUGACGUUUUAGCGACUUUUUUCAUAUCGGUUAAUCGACGACAAACCGAUAUGAAAAAAGUCGAUAAACGUCAGAAUAAUUCGGACUACCAAGUACAUGUACAAAUACUGAUGUAUUUCAUUAACCUGAGUGUAACUCCAGUAAUGUUUUAGCAUGUUGUUUUUUCUCGUUGUAUCAGUUAUUGAAGGUUUAUGAUACUCGUAUGUUUCAUAUGGAAUCAAAUAAUAACUAGAUAAUCAUAUUGCUCUUUGGGUUAUAUUCAUAAAUAUAUAUAUAGCUUGCAAUAUCUGAAAAAUUUAACUGGCUGAUUCACUGAAAACCUGAUGUAUUUCAGCAAUAAGGGCUACAAAUGGAAUGUAUGGGAUGCAGACAUGGUGAUGACACAAGGUCCACCAAUAACAAUGAGUUAUCCUCAGGGUGGUCAUCCUUUAAUAUGUAAUGAAAUUUGUAUUGACUAAAGGGUUUGCUUCUUUGCAUUUUUUUUCUAUUUAUCAAGCCAACAAAAUACCAAGCUUUGAUAACUAGGAGUUAUACGAGACAAGAGUUAAACAAGAGUGAUUCAUAUAAAUUGUUAUACGUUGUAACUUAAUUAUUACAAAUAUUUUGUUAAAGAAAUAUAAAGUUUAUAUAUAGGAAAUUCCAGAAAAGCUAAUAUUAUCUUAGGCAGCAUCAAACAUGUAGGUAGGUUAAAACUAGCUUGUAUUGAAUAUAUACCAAAGAUAUAUCUUAUGUUUUGAUAGAUUAUAGCUCCCUACCCCCUUAAUCCACGGGCGUAUGUCUUUGUUUAAGUUUAACAAACACAAGAAUUAUUUGAAAUGGCAGGCAAAUAUAGUAAGUUUAUCAGUUUUAACCAAAACGUAUGUCGUAUAAAAGAGCUAUUCAAGUGCACGUGAUCGAAAAGGAUUUACAGGAAAAUGAUUAACGUAUGACGCAAAACAUUGUCAGUUUGACCGUUUAAAGAUCAAUUUAAAUUAUUCUAUCAUUUGACGUUUUUCAUAGGUUUGUUUAGUUUGCAAUGUAAGAUAAUAUAUAGUUAAUCAUUUUGUAGUAUUUGAGGAUUUUUAUCUCUAAUUCACCACCUGUCUCAACUUGACAAGUUUGUAACAUGCGGAAAUUAUCCAUGCAUUUCUAUAUUUAUACAUGUUUGAAAAUUUAUUAAUGUUUUUAUAUUGCUUACUAGCUCUACAAGGCUUACAAAUAAUGCAGUAAUUGAUAUUUAAUCUUUAGUCCUUUUGGAGGUGAUUUUUAUAUUUAUGAUUUUCUAUGCUUUGAUAUACUCUUUUUCUGCUUUACAUAUUCUGCAUAUAAUUUUACUGCACCAUUUAUAUUUUCAUAUUGGAGUCUGUAUGUGUAUUCCAUUUUAAACAAUGCUGAAGAUGUCCAGUAUCAUACAAGAAAUACAAGAGAAUAUGUGUCUGAAAAGGCUAUCAUAAAAAUCAAGAUAUCAUUGGUAUGUACAUCGCAUAAUUUAACUUGUGAUUUGUUUUAAAGUACAGUCAUCUUGAUUAUUACAUAAACUGUUACUUUAUACACAAACAUUAUAGUAUGUACAUUGUUUGUGUAUUAAGUAAAUCUUUUAUGUUACAUAUUUCAAAACUGAUUAAUAUUUUGAAGGUUUCAUUGUUACAUUCAAAUUGUGUAAAAACUGUAACAUGGAAAAUUAAAGAGAAAAUGCAUUUUCAUAUCAAGAUGUUACGCACAAAGUUUAAAUUUAAAUUAUUUGUAUUGUAUGUCUGAACAACUGAAAAAAUGACUUGAUUGCGUGCUUACUUUAAUAAAAAAAAA